UGCGCGACGUACUGGCGUCGCAUCGUGCCGCCUGCGCAAUAAUGGCGACGAGGACAGUCUGGACGCGCGCGACGACAAGUGGGUCCGCGCGCGCUGCUGCUUAUGUAAUUGCUUCUUCCUAAAAAUGCAGCCCUACUUUAUAUUCUCGUCCGAGUCGAUCGCCGUCGCCCGCGCACGCCCCCGUCACGCCAAAGUCCUGCUUUACGCACAAUCGAACCUUCUUUCCCCCUUUUACGGCCGGCAAGACGAGACGAGAAAUGGACACCCAGCUGGCACUGGCACUGACGCCGCCGCUGCGUGCGAGCAUGCUCGGCGCACAGUGCCUCGUGUGGCCUGCGACGGCGGCGCGCACGCCCAGCAGCCCGCGCCUCACCCUCCUCUUCCUGCCCGGCAACCCGGGCCUGGCCGACUACUACCGCGGCUACCUCUCGGAGCUGCACCGGCUCGUGGGGCCAUCGCUCGAGAUUGUCUGUGUUUCGCAGCUUGGCCACGACCCCGCCUCGGCCGGGUUCAGUCUGGACACGGAGCCCGUCGUGUCGCUGCGCCGCCAGAUCGAGCACAAGGAGGCUAUUCUAGCCGCCCUCGCCGGUGGGACCGACAGGGUGAUCCUCGCCGGCCACAGCAUCGGCGCAUACAUGGCCCUCGAGAUUGUGCGCCGGCGUCGCACAGGCCCGCGCAUCGACUCGCUCCACCUCCUCUUUCCCGCGCUGCACGACAUGGCGCAGACGCCAAACGCGCGCCGGCUGCGCCUCCUCCUGCGCGCUGCUGCUGUGUCUUCGUCUUCCUCACAGAGAAGAGGCCAUAGCCAGGAGGGACAGCUGACGGGCGCACUGCUCGCCACUGCCCUCUCUGCGAUCGCGUGGCUGCUCACCCUCGUGCCGUUCUUUGUCGUCAAGUUCCUCAUCCUCCUCGCCUCGCCCACCCAGGGCCCCGAGGCGAUCCGGGCGACGGCCGGCCUGCUCGCGAGCCGGCGCGCCGUGCGCCAGUGCCUCGGCAUGGCGUGCGAGGAGAUGGACACGGUGCGCACGCCCGCUGCUCUUGGCGCCUCGUCUGCCGAUGGCCUGCCCCGCAUCCGCGCCUACUGGGCCGCCGGCGACGUCGAUGGCUGGGCGCCCCAGUCGUCGCGCCUGUAUGUCGAGCGCGUCCUCGAGCUCCAGCCGCACCACCUCAGUGGUCAGUCGACGACGGCGGCAGGCACGCUGAGCAAGCGCCAAAAGUCCUUUUCCAUCGACGAGAUCCGCAGCGCACGGCGGCGGAGCAAGUCGCAGCGCCUCGCUGGUUUAGUGCGCGCCGGAGCCAGCGCUGGGCUCGCCGCCGCCCGCUUCGGCGCGUCAUACGGCCUGACAUCCUCGACGACGGCAAGGACGGCACCACGCAGCACCAGCAACGGAGGCGGGAGCGUGCGCAGCAGAAACCCACACGCAAACGGCAGCCGGCCACCCGUGAGCCCGACGCGGACGCGCACGGCGCAGCGGCGGCCGAGCCUCGUCGCGGCGCGUGCCUCGCGCCGCUUCGACGGCAGCAUCGUCAUUGAGCCCGACGAGGUCCAGGCGGGCGCCGACGCCGUCGACCUGCUCGCCGUCGACAGCGACAGCGACAGCGACGGCGACGGCGACGAGGACCGCACCCCGACGCCGCGGCAGGGCGUGGCCAAGGACGCCAUGCCGCAGCGGGCCUCGAUGGUGUGCAACGUGGGCAUGCCCCACGCCUUUGUCCUCGAACACAGCGAGCAGAUGGCGCGCAUCACGGCCAAGUGGAUCAUCGACGAUUACGCCCUUGCGACGCCGUCCGCGUCCCCCUCCCUCUGAGCAUGUCUCUCCGUCUUUCUCUCGCUCUCCACUCUUCCUCUCAUUUUCUAUCUCAGUCUCAUUCUCAGUCUCAUUCUCAAUCUCAUUCUGCCUCUCGAUCUCUUCUCCUUCUCCCUCUCCUUCUCGAGCUCAUUCUCCGGCUCACUCUCAGUCCCACUCUCAGUCCCCCUCUCAGUCCCCCUCUCAGUCCCACUCUCCUCCCCACGCCUGCUUGCAUUCUCGUUGCCAUUAGCACUGCUCAAUGCUCAAUAAUGCGCUGCUUGUUCAUUGU